CCGGUGUCGGCGUCCUAACCAUGAACUACGGCGACACCAGUGGCAACCACGUGCCAAUGCAGCACCAGUCGCAUCAACAGCACCAACAACAGCAACAACAGCAGCACCAUCAGCAGCAGCAGCAGCAUGUGGGGCAUCUGCACCACCAGCAACAAGAGGCGCCGCCUUCGGCACCGCAGCAACCCGGCCCGCCCGCCGCGAACAACGCGUCCGUCCGCAAACUCCUGCGGCAGACGCUCGGCGAGCAGCUGGAGUUCGCUGGGUCCACGCAGCAAGUGCGCGCGUUCGUGUCGUCCGUCGAUAACUUCUUCCAGUCCACGGAGAGCUUGGCGUCACUGGGCAAGUCGUUGUAUUCGAGUCGGGCGGUCGUGUUUGUCGUGGACAAGUCCAUGCGCGUCAUCUUGUGGAACGACUGCGCCGUCGAGCUCACGGGACUCUCCCGGGAAGAAGUGGCCGGACGCAACUUCCUCGACCUCCCCGGACUCGUGUCGCUUGGCACCACGGCGGUCCUCGAACGUGCGCUGCAGGCCUGUGUUGAUCCGACUAAAGGCAAGGUGCAGGCGCUGGAGCUGCAGCUGUUCCGCAAGGAUGGACGGGAGCUUCGCCUCCUCUGCGAAUGCUCGGCGCUGCUCGGCAACCCCGCCGGCGCCGGCAUGCUGGUCGUGGCGCAGGACCUGCUGGCCUUCCAAGGCACGCUGGCGCAGCGGGAACUCGCCGCUGUCGCAGAGACCCCCGCGCAGCUGCCGUCGUCACAGCCGUCCGCGAGCCAUGCCAACGCACCCGCGCCGUUUGCGUCUGUGGAUGCCGUCGCCGCGCCACAACAACCGCCUCCACAUCCACGACAUGCUUCGAAAUCCGUCGCCAACUUGUCUGGAUGGGAUGAAGUCAAGCCGGCAUACCAGCUGGAAACGGUGCUCGGUCAAGGCAGCUACGGCCAAGUUGUCCGAUGCAAGCACUUGGCAUCAGGGGAAAUCGUCGCAAUCAAGAAGAUUCAAAAUGUAUUUGCAGACCCCAUCGAUGCCAAGCGUAUUCUGCGGGAGCUGUGCAUCUUGCGCCAGCUCAACCACCGCAACAUCGUCCAGAUCAAGGAAAUUGUGUGCCCGCAAGACAUGCUGCGGUUCCAAAAUAUCUUUGUCGUGUUCGAAUACUUGCCGUCCGACUUGGAAAAAUUACUCCACUCGCCGCAGUUCCUCACGGCCGAGCACAUUCGAUGGCUGCUCUUGGACCUGCUUAAAGCGCUCAAAUACAUGCACUCGGCGUCGAUUGUCCACAGGGACCUCAAGCCGGCCAACGUUCUGCUCAACCUGUCGCCCGUGGCCAUCAAAAUCUGCGACUACGGCCUCGCCCGGACUCUAACCCACUCGCAGCUGAGCCAUCCAUCCACGAAACGCAAGCGCGGCGCGACCUCUCCAACGGCUGCCACGUCAUCGAAAGGCGGGGGCAAAAAGAUACAGCGCCAACUCACGGAACACGUGGUCACGCGGUGGUAUCGGGCGCCCGAGAUCAUCUUUCGGGACCACGACUACUCGACUGGCAUCGACGUGUGGAGUGUCGGGUGUAUCUUUGCCGAGCUCUUGAGCAUGCAGAAGAGCAGCGUGCCGUCGCAUUUCGCGCGGGAGCCGCUGUUUCCGGGUGUGUCAUGCUUUCCGCUGAGUCCGGGCGCCGGCCAGCGCGCGUUGCCCCAGGAUAGCCAGGACCAGCUCAACACGAUUCUGCGCGUGCUCGGCUCCAUGGCGGACGACGACAUUGCCGAGAUCGCCGAUCCGGAUGUCCGGUUCUACCUCCGGAACCUCCCGCCCCAGCCGCGCAAGUCGUUUGCCGACAUGUACCCCGGCGCUGAGACGGAAGCCAUCGACUUGCUGCAUCGCAUGCUCCAAAUGAACCCGCGGAAGCGCAUGACGGUGGACGACGCGCUCAGUCAUCCGUACUUGGCGAGUAUCCGGACCAUCGAAGACGUGGAUGACGACAUCGUGGCGCCGCACCCGAUUCAACUCGACUUUGACGACGUCCGUGGCCCCCUCCCGAUCCACGAGAUUCGGCGGCUCAUGACCAGCGAAAUCGCCUACUAUCACCCGCAUGUGCUCCAGCAUGUGCAAGCGGCCAUCCCGCCGCGGCCCCCGCAGCACCGAAAACUCAACCAAUCCACGUCGUAGCCCCUCUUUGGAUAACGAAUCUAUUGGUAGAAGAAGCAAGCCAUGACGAGGCUCAUAUGUAUAUAUAUGUAUAUAUAUACUGCCACAAAGGUUGGUCGGUCUUGGUCGUUGGAGUACAAUAGCACUUGGGGGGCCAGUAAUAUAUAUAUAUAUAUAUCCAAUGUCAUUU